UCGAGACGAGACGAGACAAGAGAGUGUUGGGUACGAAGGCCAACAGCCCAAUACCCUAUAUAGAUGUUUACCUUUUCCUUGCUUUAAGGCUAAGAAUCUGCUUUUAUGAGGACGCUAUGAAUAAAAUGAACGUUAAUGUGAUGAGUCCUGAGUGAGGGGUUUGUGUUAUGUUAACUGUUAAGCUAUGUGUAAAGGUUGCGUAGGGAACAUGUUUCGGAAAAGAGAUGUCGAGAGUGGUGGUGGAGGAGGUGGAGACAGGAUCCUCUAUCCCAUGAUGCUUGAGAACCCUCAACUACGUUGGUCCUUCAUACGCAAGGUAUACUCCAUCAUCGCCUUCCAGUUGCUACUCACCAUCGCCGUCGCCUCCGUCGUUGUCUUUGUUCACCCCAUCGCUCAUUUCUUUGUUGGCUCCACCCAAGGCUUGGUUCUCUUCAUCAUCCUCAUCAUUGCCCCCUUUAUAACUUUAUGUCCCCUUUACUAUUAUCACCAGAAACACCCUCUCAAUUACUUCCUCCUCUUUAUUUUCACCGUUACUUUAGCUUUCGCUGUUGGAUUGACUUGUGCCUUUACUAGCGGGAAAGUUAUUCUGGAAUCUGUCAUAUUGACUACAGUGGUGGUGUUAAGCCUUACACUCUACACAUUUUGGGCCGCAAGGAGAGGCCAUGAUUUUAGCUUUUUGGGUCCCUUCUUGUUCGGAGCCGUGCUAGUUCUUUUGGUUUUUGCCCUGAUUCAGAUUCUCUUUCCACUUGGUAAGUUGUCAAUGAUGAUCUAUGGGUGCCUGGCAUCAAUUAUAUUUUGUGGCUACAUCAUUUAUGAUACAGACAACCUCAUCAAGAGGUUCUCCUACGAUGAGUACAUCUGGGCAUCUGUCUCCUUGUAUCUAGACAUCAUCAACCUCUUCCUUUCUCUGCUUACUGUUUUUAGAGCUACUAACUGAGGAGUUAAUUGCAGCAGCAUAUAUUUCCUUGCCUUAGACAUAUUUUAGUUUUUCUUUUUUUUCUUUUUUCUAGGAACCAGGUUGUUUUAUGAAAAAAUAAUUAUUAUCAAGUUAUCUAUUAACAUUUCACUGUGAUCGUGACGCUGAUAGUAAAUAGUUGGUUAAACAAUGGAAUUUUGCAUAUUACUGUAAAUACAUUUACCA